ACCGGAACAGGACGGACGUGUGAGCGCUGUGCGGCAUUCAGCCCAGAAAAAAACGAAAGCCAAGUUUUCUUUGUACGAACAACGAAGGAAGUUUUAAACUGCCCAUCUAUCGAUACGCGGAAAAUAAGAGCUCUGUACAAAGCCUGUCGUUCAAGAGAGCGUGCACUCCAGUCGUGGUAGAGCAGCGUAAACCAGAAGCUUCAAAAUGUCGGACGAUUACGACAAGUACGACUUUGAGAUGGAGAAGCACAUGCACUCUGGGCAUAGCGGCAAGCAACGGAGCAAGAAAGAGGCGAGCGACCACACCAACCAUAAUGAUCCAAGUGGGCAUUCUCGCAAGAUUGUGACCAAACUGAAAAACACCGAGCAAAACAAGAAGACGGCUCCGAAGUAGAGGCAGAUGGUGUCUUCGGGGAAUGAGAAGAGAAUUCUAGGGCAACCCCUGGUCCUUUCUCUUAUACUUCGUUUGCUGAAAGUACGCAUGCGUCUGCGCAACUGCUUUCCGUUUCAUCAUCUGCACAGAAGAGGUGUCGUGGAAUCAAAUACGCAAUUGCGAUCCGUCGUUGUUCCUUCUCCUACUCUUUUACCGUCACUUAACCUCCCAUUCUGGGUCUGUUGUUGUUUGUAUUUGUUGCGUUAAAUAAGCAUCUUUAGCUAUUUUGAUGAUAGAAGGAACAUCAGUUGCGCCAGGGAGUCAGUAACAAAGAGAAAAGUGCGUUUGUGCAUAUUCUAGGCCGCGCAGUUUUGACCGUGGAAUUAAAGUAUCUCUUCAAAAACAGCUGCUUGCGGUUUGUAAUCCCCCUUUACCUUUUCCAUCCACCACCUAGACCUUGACUUGUUCGCGCUACUUCUUUACUCUUUUCAACACUGCACGGGGCGGAAGGCAUCGAUGUUUCGUGACAGCUAAUGAGGGUCGGCUCACUCCUUGUUUUAAGAAUAUGAUGAAACUGUACCUUGUGUGAUUAAUUAAUUAGCCUUGCAAGUUAAGUACUAGUAAUCAAUAAAAUGAUAUUCCUUAAUACGUUGUA